AUGAAGAACCUUUUCUAAUUCUUGCUGAUCAUCAUGAGAUAAGGAGAAUUAGCACCGAUGGCUCCAACUACACACUUUUAAAACAGGGGUUAAACAAUGUGAUUGCUAUAGACUUUGAUUACAGAGAAGAAUUCAUCUAUUGGAUUGAUUCCAGCCGACCCAAUGGCAGCCGCAUAAAUAGAAUGUAUUUAAAUGGAAGUGAUAUUAAGGUAGUGCAUAACACAGCCGUUCCCAAUGCCCUCGCUGUCGAUUGGAUUGGAAAAAACCUCUAUUGGUCUGACACAGAAAAAAGGAUCAUUGAAGUAUCCAAACUCAAUGGAUUAUACCCUACUAUCCUCGUUAACAAAAAGCUGAAGUUUCCCAGGGACCUGUCUUUAGAUCCUCGAGCUGGGUAUUUGUAUUGGAUUGACUGCUGUGAAUACCCUCACAUUGGCCGUGUUGGAAUGGAUGGAACCAAUCAGAGCGCUGUCAUAGAAACCAAGAUUUCUAGACCUAUGGCACUAACAAUAGAUUAUGUCAACCAUAGACUCUACUGGGCUGAUGAAAAUCACAUUGAAUUUAGCAACAUGGAUGGAUCUCAUAGACACAAAG